AUUUUCCUGAAACAAUGUCGGUGAACGAUGAUCUUACUAGUCUUGAUGCCGGUGGCAAAAUAGUAAAAAUGGAGGUGGACUAUAGCACCACCUGUGAUGAAAAGAUCCCCUUAUGGAAAUCAUGGGCCUCCAAAGGCAAGGUUCAAGAAGCCAUCGACCAGCUGCUGGCGCUGGAGAAGCAGACACGAACAGGUGCUGACAUGGCUUCAACUGCCAGGAUUUUAGUUGCAAUUGUGCAAAUUUGUUUUGAGGCUAAGAACUGGACUGCACUGAAUGAUCAGAUUGUGCUUUUGUCUAAGAGAAGAUCUCAACUUAAACAGGCUGUUGUCAAAAUGGUCCAAGAAUGCUACACUUAUGUUGACAAAACACCGGACAAGGACACUAAAGUCAAACUCAUAGAGACUCUGCGAUCCAUCACCGAGGGCAAGAUCUAUGUGGAAGUGGAGAGGGCCAGGCUCACACACAUCUUGGCUAAGAUCCGGGAAGAGGAAAACAAUGUGGCAGAGGCAGCCAAAAUUAUUCAGGAACUUCAGGUGGAAACGUAUGGCUCCAUGGACAAGCGCGAGAAAGUAGAACUUAUAUUGGAACAGAUGAGACUGUGCCUUGCUAUCAAGGAUUAUGUCAGGACACAAAUUAUCUCGAAGAAGAUCAACACAAAGUUCUUUGAGGAAGAAAAUACUCAGGAGUUAAAGGAGAAGUUCUACCGCCUGAUGAUCGCCGUAGACCAGCACAACGGGGCAUACCUGUCCGUGUGCCGGCACUUCCGGGCGCUGGGCGCUCCGGGCGGCGCGGACGCGCUCAUAGGCAGCGUGGUGUUCCUCGUGCUGGCGCCCUAUGACAACGAGCAGGCCGAUCUCACGCACCGAGUCAACGAGGACAAGGAUCUUGACAAGCUGCCUGAUUACAAGCAACUACUGGCCCUAUUCAUCACCCCUGAGAUCAUCAAGUGGAACAGCCUCUGCCAACACUACGAGAAAACGCUGCGAGCGACGCCCUACUUCGACUCGACGGACGAGAAGGGACAGGAACGAUGGAACGACCUUAAGAACAGGGUGGUUGAACAUAACAUUCGCAUCAUGUCCAUAUAUUAUACGCGCAUCUCCGUGAAACGCAUGAGCGAGCUGCUAGGCCUUACCGAGACAGAGACGGAGGAAGCGCUCAGCCAACUCGUGGUCAGCGCCGUCGUGAAGGCCAAGAUCGACCGCCCUGCUGGCGUCGUGCAUUUCAGCUUGAACAUGAACGCGUCAGACCGUCUCAACGAGUGGUCGAACAACCUCAACACGCUAAUGCAGCUCGUCAACAAGACCACGCAUCUCAUCAACAAGGAGGAAUGCGUGCACAAACACUUGCUCGCCACGGGUGCCGAGUAAAGUACCUAAUUAUGUGAAAUUAACAGUAA